GAUUGAGGAGGCACUUGAGAAGUACAAGAUGGAUGAGAUAUGUGCGGGAUUUAAUGGGGGUAAAGAUUGCACGGCCCUUAUACACCUCUUCCAUGCUGUUGUUAAAAGGAAAUACCCGGAUUACAAAGGCCAGUUACAGGUCUUGUACAUACAGCACCCUCACGGUACAUUCAAGGAAGUGGAUGAGUUUGUAGACGAGUCGGUAAAAAGGUACAACCUGAAGACCAUUUUGAUACAGGGGCGGAUAAAAGAUGCAUUAUGGGAAUUGAAGAAGAGUAACCCGUCAAUCAAAGCUGUCUUAAUGGGAACGAGACAGACUGACCCACAUUCCGCGAGCCUGAGUAACUUCUCCCCGACCGAUGAGGGUUGGCCGGAGCUAAUGCGGGUCAACCCUAUGCUGUUCUGGAGCUAUCAUGAUGUCUGGGUCUUCCUACGACGCCUAUUUGUGCCUUACUGCAGGCUCUACGACAAAGGGUGAGGAAAGGAGGUCGUU